AUGGGUGAUACCACUAAAGAUGAGGGUUCUUCACCACCAGAAGCUGAGAGUGAUAUGAUGAGCAUGUUCGCUAGUGUCUGGGUUAAGGUUGAAGUAGAAUCGGAAUCAGAACCCGAAGCACCUCCCAAGAAGAGCAAACGGAAAUUCAACAAAGUUUUGAACUGCUCCGAAUGUGAUUAUACGACGGUUUAUAAGAAUUGUUUGAAGUUACAUAUGGUGGGACACACUAAUAGCAAACCGUUCGCUUGCGAAAUAUGUUCUUAUACAACGAAAUACCCGACUUCACUGCAACGGCAUGUCUUGAUCCGGCAUCAACCGAAAGAAUCUGAUAUUACCGAGGAAGAUAAAAAACUACUAAGUCUUCAUAAAUGCAACGACUGUGAAUACACAACUUAUUUUAAGUGGAACUUAAAAGCACAUAGACGAAAACACAAUAUUGAGAAACAAUUCAAAUGCUCGGAAUGCUCAUAUUCAACGGCAUACAGGCAUAACUUCCUAAAACACAGCAAGGUCCACAAUAAACAAGAAUCUCUGUACAAAUGUGAUAAAUGUCCGUUUAUAACAAAAUUCGAAGGACACAUAACGAGACAUCUCGCUAAAAUACAUAAUGAAGUUACUGAAAAAGCGAAUAAAUGUGAAUUCUGUGAUUUUUCCACACUAGUACGUUGGAGACUCAACAUUCAUAAACAGAGGAGCAAACAGGAGAAUCCAAUCAAAUGCUCCUACUGCCAGUUUGAAACUAUAUACAUGUGUGAGAGUAAAAAACAUAAAGUAACGCACUACAACAAAAUAUAUGGAGCUGGUAUAGUCCAUAAAGAAGUUAAGCAUCAGGCUAAUAUAGCAAUGAUUGAGCAGACACCCAAAAAAGAUGGUCAGAAUCAAUACACGUUGGACCCGAAUUGCCUAGAUUGGAACAGCAUUCAAGUUCUUGAAUCUGAUGAUAAAGAACGACCAUUUCUCUGCCAUAUGUGUACAUACACGUCUAAAUUUAAAGCAGCAGUGCAAAGGCAUUUCCAAAGACAUCACACUGGCAGUCAAAACAGGCCGUACAAAUGUGUAAACUGUGACUUCUCAACUAAAACGAAGGACCAAAUAGCGUUACACAAUAAAAGAAGCCAUUCAGACAAGAUUUUAUACUGUGGCAUUUGCAGCUUCACCACAAAUUACAAAUGCCAGUUUGUCAUGCACCAGAAAUGCCACUACGCUUACAAAUGCACGAUCUGUUCGUAUUCGUGCCGUCACAAAUAUGAACUACAGAAGCAUUUUACCACCCAGCACUUAGGUAAUGGGCAUAAGUGCAGUUACUGUGAUUACAAAGCUGCCAGGAAGGAGAGUCUUUUAUGCCACGAAACUAUACAUACGGGCAUAAAGCCUUUUAAAUGUAGUUAUUGUGACUAUAUGUCUGUUAGAAAGUCCCUUUUAGUAAAUCACGUAAAAAGAUACCAUAGCGAAGUCAGAAAUGUUAUAACCAUAGUUAGCACCAGUAAAAUAGAAUCCUUGAAAGUCCAAACAGACAAAGCCCCUGAUAAAACAUAG